UUUCUACCUUACAGACAUACAUUUAUUAUGCAACAAGUUGCCUCUAAGAACAACAUAUAUUUUGAUAAUAAAUGAAUGCAAUAUACAGACUAGGGUUGUCAAUCUUCCAGGAUUCUCCUGAAAUCUCGAGGAAUUAGAAAUUAAUAGUUUAUUAAAGAUUAUGCCAAGUGAUGAAACCUCCAGGAAUACGUCCAACUAAAAUUGGCAACCCUAACACAGAGCUCUCAUAAGUAUGGUUAGACUUAAAAGUUGAUACAGUUUGGGGUUUUUUUUUACUUGCUCGUGAAUAUUUAUUGAAAUAUUCUGUAUGAAAUGUUUAAAAGAAAUCAAAGGUACAUGCAUAAACAUCUGAAGCACUUAGAAACUUGUCAGGUCAUUUUGAACCUCUCGAUGUAUAAUCUGAUUGUACGUAUAUGUUUCACAGGACAAAAUGCUGCACCCCCAGAAGUGGUUACCAAAUAUGGGAAACUCCAAGGGCAGCGAAUCAAAGUGGAUGGAGCUGAGACACAUGUAGAUGUUUUCCUGGGAAUUCCCUUUGCCAAGCCGCCUGUUGGACCUUUGAGAUUUUCCCCACCAGUGCCACCUGAGCCGUGGAAGGGUCUCCGAAAUGCAACUAUCUACCCACCCAUGUGCCUACAGGACUCAGUGGCUGGGCAGCAUCUAUCGGAUGCAUUUACUAACAGAAAAGAAAAACUUUCUUUCCAAGUUUCCGAAGACUGUUUGUUCCUAAACGUGUACACGCCUGCCAGCUCAGACAAGGACAUGUUACCUGUCAUGGUAUGGAUCCACGGAGGUGCAUUAGUGAUUGGUGCAGCUUCAACAUAUGAUGGGUCAGCACUGUCAGCCUUUGAAAAUGUGGUGGUUGUAACAGUUCAGUACAGACUGGGGAUCCUUGGAUAUUUUAGCUCUGGUGAUGAACAUGCUCGUGGAAACUGGGGUUAUUUGGAUCAAGUGGCAGCUCUCCAGUGGAUUCAAGAAAAUAUUGAACAUUUUGGAGGAGAUCCAGGAUCUGUCACUAUAUUUGGAGAGUCUGCAGGAGGAUUCAGCGUUUCUGCCCUUGUCUUAUCUCCUCUGGCAAAGGGCUUGUUCCAUAAGGCCAUCUCAGAGAGUGGAGUUACAAUCAAGAUAUUUUUUACUGCUCAUCCUGAAGCACAAGCUAAUAAAAUUGCUAAGGUAUCUGGCUGCCAAUCAAGCAGCUCUGCUGCAAUGGUUCAUUGUCUGAGGGAAAAGACAGAGGAAGAAAUGAUGGAAAUAACGCUGAAGAUGGACUUCACAACAGUAAAGUUAAAUGCUACAUCAUCUGGAGACUCUGACAAGUCCCUGUUAAUCUCCGCAGUUUUGGAUGGUGUAUUUUUUCUUAAGAGCCCUGAGGAGCUACUGGCUGAAAAAGCAAUCAAUGCAGUCCCAUAUAUAAUAGGAGUAAAUAACCAUGAAUUUGGAUGGCUACUUCCUAAUCUGUUCAAAUAUCCUGCUUUCACUGAAGGGUUGGACAAAGAAACAGUAACCUCACUGCUACUGGCCUCAGAGUUCUUUACACAUGUUCCUGCUGAGUUCACUUAUCUAUUAACUAAUGAAUAUCUAAGCAAUAUAGAGGAGCCUACCCAGCUACGAGAUAGGCUUUUUGAAUUGAUGGGAGAUGCAAUGUUUGUUGUUCCAAGCAUUCAAACAGCUAGAUAUCACAGAGAUUCUGGGAACCCAGUCUACGUUUAUCAUUUUCAUCAUCGAUCAAGUUCAUACGAAGGUGUUAGAACAGACUUUGUAAAAGGGGAUCACGGCGAUGAAAUUGGCUAUGUUUUUGGAAAGCCCUUCUUAGCUGGUGAUGCUACAGAAGAAGAGGGUAAACUCAGCAAAACAAUUAUGAAAUACUGGGCUAAUUUUGCUCGAAAAGGAAAUCCUAAUGGUGAAGGUUUGAUGACGUGGCCAGUGUAUAAUGUGGAUGAACAAUACCUUAUAAUAGACAUAAAGCAGAAAGCAGCAAAGAAAUUGAAAGAGAACCGAGUGGAGUUCUGGACAAAGACCCUUCCUAAAAAGAUGGCUGAAGGAAAGAGAAAGUACAAAGAGUUAUGAAGUCUGAGAAGCAUAUGGGUUGCUUUUAGUACAGUGAAAUAAAAACAAGAUUACUUCAUCUGAAUGGGAGGCAUUUAAUACUCAUUUUGUAAUUCAUUAUAAUUGUCAUAAACAGAUUGUUAAGGGUUAAUGUCUCUUCUACCUGUAAAGGGUUACAAGCAGGGAA